CGGUUUCACACGCUCUAAAUUGACAUUGCAACUGCGACCCACACGAUGCACGCGCGGGUCUAUCCGUCGAGCUCGGGUGAGGCGCGGCCGUGGGUGGGCCAAGGCCUCGUGCUCGCCAUCCUCUACCUCGUGCUCGCAACCAUCGUGGCGCUCUGCACGUACAACCUCGACCGCAUCGCCAACACCCCGGUUCCGCUCGGGCUCCAGAUCCAUACGUUCACGUACAACCAGUGGAACGUGCCGAUAACGACGCUGCUUCAAGGCACGACGACCGUUGCGCUCUCGGGGCCGCUGACCAACGACACCAACUCGCUCAGCGACCUCCUCUACAAGGCCUGCGGCGAGCAAGACGCUGCGUGUGCAGCAGACUUUUUGCCUGCGACCAACCGCAUUUGGGGCCACGUCGCCAAAGCGUUUGUAUCGAUCCCGGACUUUGACCAGCCGCGCUUCCAGGACAGAUCGCAGAGCGUCACGAUCCAGCACAUUAGCAACCUCAACGGGUGGAACAAGGCGACCGCGCAGUUCUCAUUGCCGGGCCAUGACAUGGCGAUGACGUGCAUGAUCCGACGAGCUAGCUUCCGGCGAAAAUCGGCGCCCGCGGCAACGCCUUCGACGAUCGACACGCUCGCCUUUUGCUCGCAGCGCACGUUUGAUCCGAACUGGGUUUGCGAAAACGAUGUGGCGCCAACGGUCCAGACGUAUGCGAUCCAGGUCAACCAAGGCAAGGGCGUGUACGUGGGCGUCACGCCGCGCAACCAAGUGCACUUCAACCCUGGCGCUGUCGCCACCUUGACGGGCAACGGGACGACGUUGCUGGAGACGAUUCCGUCCAUGGACGAGUACGGUGCCGGCAUCCUCUCGAUGAAUGCGCCGUGGGACGUGCUCACGGUGGGUAGCUGCACGACGUUCAACAAAGCGACAGGUCUUGGCUGGCUCAUGAAGGUCAAAGGGCUCGUGACAAUGACGUGGAAGUGCAAUUCGCUCAUGCUCACGAAUGCCAUGACGCUGUGGGCCCUCACGCUCGACUUGACGGCGAUGCAGAUCGUAUACCUCCGGCGCAGCGUCAUCUGCUGCGGCCCCGUGUACAUGGCCAAGAACGUCGUCGGCCUCGUCAUCCUGCUCGUGGCGUUCUAUGGCAACAGGAAUCUCCAGACGCUCACGACAUUUCUGUACAUUAGCCCGAGCCAUGACGCGGGCUUCUUUGCCUACUGCGGACCUGCGCAGCUCGCGUCGAUCGUCGGGAUCAUGACGGGGACGCUCGUCCAGAUGUGGUUCAAUCCGCGUCUGGUGACGCAGACAUGGCUGCUGCUGGUCUUUAGUCUUCUCAACGGGGUCCUGGUGUUUGUGCUCGAAGCGUUCGUGUUGCCGUCCUUGAACCAUGAAGUGCCGGGACCGUGCGGGUCCCCGACCGCCACCAACUGCAUUGCGUUCAGCAUGAUUGAGCACACGCACUACCUUUCGGCCGUCGCGUCAUGCGGCGUCAUCGUCCUCGCCAUCUUCAGUGUCCAAUGGGACGCCAAGCGCAGUGCCAAGCGCAGCGUGCAUACGCACAUUGACCCGACCCACUCGUUGCUGAGGUACUUGGCCGUGACCGACCUAGCGUCGAUCGUGACGUCGCAGCGCGGACUCACCAAGGUUGUGCAGCGCGGCGACAAGGAACUCGUCGCCGUGGAUGCUGGCGUCCUUCUCAUCAAGAACAUGGUCGAGGUGUCCCAGUCCGCCAUCACGCGCACGUCCAACCUCCAGCUCGAGCUCAUCUACCGCCACGUACCGUUCGCCUGGCUCCAAACCUACAUGAGCCGAGCCAUCGGCUCCGUGCUUGUGGUGCAUAUCCAUGACCACAUUCUUUUGCAGCGAUCGAGCUACCAGUACCUCGGCGACAUCCUCACAGCACGUGAGGACGAGGACGCCGAGAAGGAUGACUCGAUCAAGGGCUAUCUUCUGUGAGUUCUCAUCGUUGUCGCUGGAUGGUCAAUAGCGUAGUGUCUUUGAUGGCAUCGCGGUUGCAAGAGCGUCAGAGCACUACGUAUGUGGUUCGUUUUGCGCUCGCCCAACUCAAUUACUUGCCAGAGCGAUAUGGGGCUACACUUUGCACAGAUAGCCCCUUUUAUUUGGCUUCCCUGGACCAUUUUCUCUCAACACAGCCUCGAUCACGU